AAAAAAAUUUGCUAUAUAAGAAGGCCUUUCCACCUACAUUUUGGCAUUCCACCUGGUGCACUUCAAAGCCUACCACCUGUUGGUUCUUAGAUGGCCACUCCUAUCUCCAACAUCGGGGUUGUUAACAGAAUACCGUUGAGCUUAUAUGGCUCCAGUAUGGGGGCUUCACUUACAAGCUCAUCAUUCAUUGGAAGAAGGCUGAGGAAGGUGAAGUCUGCUUCAUACAAUGGGAAACUUUCCACGGGUAAUUUCAAGGUCGUGGCUGCUGAUCUUGAUGAGAGCAAGCAAACCAGCAAGGACAGAUGGGGGGGUCUUGCCUAUGACACUUCGGAUGACCAACAGGACAUCACCCGAGGCAAAGGCAUGGUGGAUUCGCUCUUCCAGGCCCCCAUGGGUGCCGGAACUCAUGAUCCUAUUAUGAACUCUUAUGAGUACAUCAGCCAGGGUCUUCGCCAGUACAACUUAGACAACACUGUUGAUGGCUAUUACAUUGCUCCUGCUUUCAUGGAUAAGCUUGUUGUUCACAUCACCAAGAAUUUCAUGAAGUUGCCUAACAUUAAGGUUCCUCUCAUUUUGGGUAUUUGGGGAGGCAAAGGGCAGGGAAAGUCUUUCCAAUGUGAACUUGUAUUUGCCAAGAUGGGGAUCAACCCAAUUAUGAUGAGCGCUGGAGAAUUAGAGAGUGGCAACGCCGGAGAGCCUGCAAAGCUAAUCAGGCAAAGGUACCGUGAGGCAGCAGACAUCAUUCCAAAGGGAAAACUGUGUGUCCUCUUCAUCAAUGAUCUAGAUGCAGGAGCUGGAAGGCUCGGUGGCACUACCCAAUACACUGUUAACAAUCAGAUGGUUAAUGCCACUCUCAUGAACAUUGCUGACAACCCAACAAAUGUGCAGCUCCCAGGGAUGUACAACAAGCAGGAGAAUGCCCGUGUCCCUAUCAUAGUCACUGGCAAUGACUUCUCCACUCUGUAUGCCCCUCUCAUCCGUGAUGGUCGUAUGGAGAAGUUCUAUUGGGCUCCCACCAGAGAAGAUCGUAUUGGUGUCUGCACUGGUAUCUUCAGGACUGACAAUGUUCCUAAGGAGGAUAUUAUCAAGCUUGUUGACACCUUCCCUGGCCAGUCAAUUGACUUCUUUGGUGCCCUGAGAGCUCGGGUGUAUGACGAUGAAGUGAGGAAGUGGAUUGCAGAGAUGGGGGUUGAGAAGGUUGGGAAAAGGCUUGUCAACUCUAGAGAGGGACCACCCACCUUUGAGCAGCCUAAAAUGACACUGGAGAAGCUCUUGGAGUAUGGUAACAUGCUUGUGCAGGAGCAGGAGAAUGUGAAGAGGGUGCAACUGGCUGAUAAGUACUUGAGUGAGGCUGCACUUGGAGAUGCCAAUGAAGAUUCCAUUAAGACCGGAUCUUUCUAUGGCAAAGCAGCCCAGCAAGUACGAGUUCCAGUCCCAGAAGGUUGCACUGAUCCAGCUGCUGCUAAUUUUGAUCCCACAGCUAGGAGUGAUGAUGGCAGCUGCAAGUAUUAGCCCCCUCCU